CUCCCUCGUGUUUACCAGGACUCGCCUGAUGUCGGUUGAUAUUAGACAACUGAGAAUUGUUGUGGUUGGUGACGGAGCCGUGGGUAAGACCAGCUUCCUCAAGGCUUACACUGAGGGCUCCUUCCCAAUGGAGUACAUACCCACCAUCUUCGAUAACUACAUAGAAUGCUUCCAGAGAAACGAAGAGAAUUUUAUCAUCAAUUUCGUAGACACGGCUGGCCAAAGUGACUAUGAUCAACUACGUCCACUCUCCUACAAGGAAAUCAGUGUGUGUCUUGUCUGCUUCAACGUAAAUAGCAUUUCAACGUACGAAAACGUCAAAAACAAAUGGUUACCUGAGGUACGAAAGCAUUGUGGGGACGACUUGCCCAUUCUUCUUGUUGGUCUGCAGACAGAUUUGCGUGCGGCUUCCGCUAAGGACACUACAGUAAGCAGAGAAGCGGCCCAGAAACUGGCGCACUCACUGGGACUGGUCAGCUACGUGGAGUGCUCGGCCAAGACCUGCGCAGGCUGUGACCACGUCAUAGAGAUGGCUAUUCAAGCAGCUAUAUCUCCACAGGCAACAUAUAAAGGCUGUUGCAGUAUUCUCUGAGACUAUGCUGACUUUUCACGACGCUGUAUAGUGGAAGUGGAGACUUGUGGUGUCUAUACGUUUUCUAUCUUAGAGGAUUGCCUUUUGCAAGGGAUACUUUCUUACUUGCAUGUUCUCAGGUUUUUUUUUUUAAUUAUGUAUUUUCCUGGAGAAUUGUGAUUGGUGGCUUCCUUUCUUGUUAAUACUCCCGAAGACGCUCACUGUAAAUAAUGACUUGUGACAAGUUUGCCGAUAAAAGUACCUGUACUUAAGUUAUAAACUUUUAAUUUAAGUGAUUGUACUCUUUUUGUCUUUGUUUCGUGUCUGAGUAAUAUAUUUUUGUAAGCUCUGUUAUGCUUACAAUAAAUAUAAGUCACACACACACAAAUAGUGUAUGUAUGUAGAUUAAAUUAGCACUUUAAAAGCACUACAAUCACCUUCUGUGAUUGAUUGUUCAAUUAAUCACUGAACUAUAUGUUUGACAGAUCUCUCACCCUGUCCAUGGAGGACAGAAGAAAUGUAUAUAUGAUGGUUAGCAUUGUAAGUGUAUAUGCCACGUCUGUGGUAGAAAAUAGUAAUAAAAAUUGGAUUUACUAGUCUUAAAUUUGUUUAUCACUUAGGUUAAUAUGCAUAAUAAUUUUGCUAUGUGUAUUAUUGUUUUAGUAAAUGCAUUAGCAAUAGAACGUGGAAAAUUUAGGAUAUUAUUACAUUUACUUUGAAUUCUUAUGUGUCAUGUUUAAUUAUAAAAAUGGUGUAGAUUUUAGCUGUAUUAUGUAGCAAUGACAGUGUAUAUUUCAAGACUUUUUAGUUAAAUAAUUUCUUCGUUCGUUAAAGUCGAUCGUGCAAUUCUCAACUGUGCCAUUGACAUGACCACUUUAAAGUGGUUUAGUAUAUACUCUAUUGUAAAUGGUUUAAUGUAUGUUCUUCUGCAAGUGGUUCAAUAUAUAUAGGGUGGCCCAAAAGUACUGUGAUGAGGUGUACUGUGAUCAGAUGUUCUCCGACGAGUUAUACAGUGACCAGGUGUACUAUAACUGUAACCAAAUGUUCUGUCAAUAGUUGUACUGUGACUAGGUGUACUGGUACAGGUGUGCUGUGACCAGGUGUGCUAUGACCAGGUGUAUAAAUUUUGAUGCUAUGGUCCACUACCUCAAACUGGCGAUGCACAGAGUGUGAGGACAGUUAAUUAAAGCAUCUGAUGGUAUACACAGAAUAAUUUGCAUAAUACGAGGAAUUGCUUUGAAGGAUGUAUAUAGAAUAUCACUAAAUUAAUAUUCUGCCUCAUUAGAAGAGUGAAGAAUAUGUUGCUUCGUUAAAAUAAGUCUUCAAAAUAUUUCCUUCACACUCGAUAUACACACUAAUGGAGGGCAACAGACUAAAGAGAAUUCUAAAGUGGUGGUGAGAAGUCCACAACACCCUAAGUCCCUCUCUGUGGAGCCAAGUACGUAUUUUCAAAACUAGAUUCAUUUAAAUCUUGAAGCAGCUAGAGAUACAUUUAAUGAUCCAUUUUACAGUUUCAAUUCAAAAUAGCCGCCUUAAUGGCCGCCAUCUUUAGUUCCAGGGACACAGUGAAGAUGUUUAGACUUUAUCAUACAAUAUAACACCAUACCUUGAGUGCCUGGAACUCGGAGCACAGUUGUCAUGUAGGAAUGAAACAGAGAGACAACCUUCGUCCUUGCCACAGCAUAAUUUGCUCUAGAAAUGUUGGAAUUUUGGGCGUUGGCGCAAAUGAGGUUGAUCACUUUCUGUGUGUAUAUAUAUGGUACCCAGUUGCCGGAUAUUUUCUCUCGGCUUACUUCACCGAUAGAAAAUACUGAUUUGUUUAUGGUAAUUAUCAGGAGAAAGCACUUAGGAGGUACACGAGGACCUGGGAUACGAGGUCAGAGCGAACUACUGUAUCUGUACCCAAUCACUUGGAUCAUCGGAGAUCGACCAAUUGAACUUACAGGAUACGAGGCCGUCGCUAUACUGACCAGUCCAAGUGGAUGGACUAACGAUGUUGAGAGAUGAAAACAAACCCGUGAUUUUGGGAGGUAUUGCUGACAGCCAUUUGAGCAGGAAACUACUCUUGAGCACAUUGUUAACCAUUCCGAUUUGUUUAUGAUUGUACCUGCUGUGGGUGUGGCUGGCAACGAAGCCUAACGUUAGUCUACACGUAUUCAGAAUCACAAACUUUAUUGGGAACAACUUAUACAAAUUAUUAUAAUUCUGGCUGGACUGAACACGUGCACAGUGGUGUAAACUAAACUUACAUUUUUAUACAUAAAUUGAAUAACAUAACUGCUUAAAAUUUGAGUGGUGAUAUAUAUUAAUAAAACAUUGUGUAGGAGUAACGACAACUGCAAUAGCAUUAAUAAUGGUAGUAAUAAUAACAGCAGUAGUCUAGACGUACAUUAAUGACCGCUGUUGUUACAUCCUUCAUGUAAUCACCUUGUUGCUUGCUCCUUCACGCGGGGCUCUUUCGUCGCCUGCUUCUUUCUUCUUGUUCGGUAAUAAUCUUCAUCACACAUUCAAUGUUAUCGAUUCUUUUGCAGACGUCUCCAUGUUUCACUAACCUCAAUUCUAGUCCCCUGUGCACUCGUCCCUCAAGUUCAAGUAUGUUUAUUGAGACAAGAAAAAAAUACAUCUCAGUAGAGUAUAAGUUAGGCUACUUAGGCUAAUCUAGGCUUAGAGUAGCCUAAGCUACUCAGAUAGAGUAGCUUAGGCUAUUUUUUACCCCCUACCAUCCCUCGAGCUCAUCUACUCAAACCCUGUUCCACUCUCUGGUUUUCAGUCAUAGCUUAUCCAGCAUUAUGGUCUUAUAUUAUAGUACACGGGGUCCUGUAGCACAGUGGUAUGUGUCCUUAG